GUCGACCUCUCCUGGAAUUCCAUCCGCGGCGACUCGGCGGCGUCGCUGGGGCGCGCCAUCGCGAAGAACGCGUCGCUGACGCGCCUGAACCUCGAGUACAACGGCUUCGGCGACGCGGGCGCGACGGCGAUGAGCCGGUCGCUCGAGGCGAACGACAGGUUGAAGAUCCUCCUCCUCGCGCACAACUCGAUCCGCCAGCGCGGCGCCUUCGUCCUCGGGAACGGCAUCCGCUAC